UUUACUUAAGUUACUUCUUUCUCUCUCUCCUUUUAAGUUUUUUGGACAUAGACUUCGAGAGAGAGAGAGUGAAUUAGUAGAGACGAGUUUGGUUUAUUGCAAUUACACUUUUUUGGGGUUUUAUCGAGUAGUGAUAAUUAUGAGUGACUUCAAUUCCUAAGUUUUUUUAUUCUUAAAUUUUUUCUGGGUUUUGUUUGUUCGAUUGAUCUCUGUCUCCCACCUUUUAUAAAAAGAGAAAUCUGUUCUUUUGUAAAAGAGAAAAAAAUGAAGAACGAGGAACAAUCAAGAUCUCUGUUUGGAAUCUCUCUGUCUGAUCGACCAACUUGGCAACAGUUUCUCAUUUGUACUUCUGGUUUCUUUUUUGGUUACCUCGUCAACGGAGUUUGCGAGGAAUAUGUUUAUAAUCGCCUUCAAUUUAGCUUUGGUUGGUAUUUCACGUUUAUACAAGGAUUUGUCUACUUGUUCCUCAUCUACCUUCAAGGCUUCACUACUAAGCAUAUCGUUAAUCCCAUGAGAACUUAUGUCAAACUCUCUGCUGUUCUCAUGGGUUCACAUGGAUUAACCAAAGGAUCUUUGGCUUAUCUCAAUUAUCCAGCCCAAAUCAUGUUCAAAUCCACCAAGGUACUGCCGGUGAUGAUAAUGGGGGCGUUUAUACCUGGUCUGCGAAGAAAAUACCCGGUCCAUGAAUACAUUUCAGCGUUCUUGCUUGUUCUUGGUUUGAUCCUAUUCACAUUAGCCGAUGCGCAUAUGUCUCCUAAUUUCAGCAUGAUUGGGAUUAUGAUGAUAUCUGGUGCAUUGGUCAUGGAUGCUUUCUUGGGUAAUUUACAAGAAGCGAUCUUCACAAUGAAUCCCGAGACAACUCAGAUGGAGAUGCUUUUCUGCUCAACGGUUGUUGGAUUACCGUUCUUGUUCGUUCCCAUGGUCUUAACUGGAGAGGUGUUUCGUGCGUGGGCUGCGUGCGCUCAACAUCCGUAUGUGUACGGAGUGCUUGUAUUUGAAGCCAUGGCCACAUUCAUCGGUCAAGUCUCUGUUCUAUCACUCAUUGCCCUCUUUGGAGCCGCCACAACCGCCUUGAUAACAACAGCAAGGAAAGGGGUUACAUUGUUGCUAUCGUAUUUGAUAUUCACAAAGCCGUUAACGGAACAACACGGAUCGGGGUUGUUGUUGAUUGCAAUGGGGAUUGUAUUAAAGAUGGUUCCGAUGGAUGGUAAAGCUCCGACCAAGAUUCCGGCAAAGCCAGCAGUUAGAAUCACUGGAGGGGAUGGUGAUAGAGAAGAGGAUGAAGAGAGGAAGUCAUUGGUUUGAGAAUGUGUCAUGUAUUUAUAUAUAUAUAUAUUCUAUUUCACAAAAUUCAAAGGGGUUUAUAGAAUAAAGUUGAAUGAAGGAAAAACAAAAGGGAGAAAAAGCAAAUAGAGCUAAAGUUUGUCUCAGAGACUUGUUAUUAGAUUCUAAAAGUUGAAUCAUUAAAAAGGAAGUUCCUAAUUUUGGUUA